AUGACAGUCAACCCCGGCAACGGUAUUCAAUUGUUUCCCUGCGGGAAUGAAGACGCAUACUGUUGCGGAAGAGACAACCUCAAUGACACGUCAUGUUGCAACGAUCCAGAAGCCUUCUUUGUUACCCUCCCUAAUCCCACAACCAUUGGACAGAUCGUGAGCACAGCUUUUGUUCCUGAGUCUACAACGUUCUCGCCAUCAACAUCGAGUUCCUCCCCAUCUACUACAUCGAUUGCUUCAGGGUCUGGUGCAUCAGCUACCAGGAAUGCUUCAAUGCCUACAGAUACCAACAUCUCGAACGGCGGCGACGGCUCCAAUGUUGGAGCAAUUGCUGGAGGGUCAGUGGGCGGACUAGCCGUCUUGGGAGGUCUGAUCUUUGCCGCCUGGUGGCUGUAUAUCCGAAAACGCAAAGAAACACACAAAAGAGCUGAACUCUACGGGAAUUCCAUGCAAAGUGGACCAGGGGAACUGGAUAGUGGGCAAAGGAUGUUUCCACAGGAGAUGUAUUCUGAUUCUCAGCAGGAACUGGAUAGUGGUCAAAGGAUGUUUCCACAAGAGAUGGAUUCUGAAUCUCAGCGAAGGAAACAAAUUGCCCCAUACGAGUUACCAGCAACGCGUGAGGAAAAAGGAUAA